AUGAGCCUUUCAUUCCUAAUGGGACUCACAGGCAAUAAUUUCGGUACACUUUCGUGCAAUUCGUGCAAAACAUUCUUCAGACGAAAUGCCAUCAAAACGAAAAUAUUCACGUGCCUAUCAAAUGGCAAAUGUGAGAUCACUUACGAGAAUAGAGGUUGUAUUAAAUGUCGUUUAGAGAAGUGCUAUGCUCUGGGUAUGAGAAAGGAUUGGAUAAUAGAUGAGAGAAUCAAACGCUUCCGACGCGUCAACUCUGACCGCAGGAGACCAACCGAGCGUCUGAACCACAGGCGCUCUCAUGACCUGACACGUGUUGAUUCAAAUGAAUCCAAUGAUACUCUGAGCGAAAAUAGUUGUCAUAAUAAAUCAGACAAUAGUUUACAAACAAGUAAUAAACCCAUAGUUAAUGAGAUGUGCGAUGAAAACAAGGGACGAGGUUUUGGUGCAAACAUUUGCGGCGAAAUGGUAUUCAAAAUGAUCACCGAUUUUGACACGAGUUGUCAUAAUAUUGAUACACAAAUGAAGAGGUUUUAUGAGAACUUUUACAAUAAAACUGCUCACAAAUUAGUGACUAACCAUUCAGUGGACAGACCUAUCGCUGAUUACAGCAACCAAUUGACUGAAUUAGAGGCCAAUAAAUUGAGUGAAUUAUUGGACUUCAGUCGAUGUCUGAGACGACCAUUGGAUAAGACAAUCACCGAAAUGAUUGGCACCGAAGAUGUGAAGCAAGCGUUGGUUCUCUUGUUUACCGAUUCUCUCAACCAUUUAGUGAAUGGAGUGAAGAGUUUGUCUGAGUUUAAGGNCCAUUUAGUGAAUGGAGUGAAGAGUUUGUCUGAGUUUAAGGACUUCUGUGGCAACGAUCAGAUCUCACUCGUGAAGUACGGCUGUCUGGAUGUCAUAAACAUCCGGUCCGUUUUGUUUUAUGACUUUCGCAGUCAAUCCUUUGCUCUAUCCGAUAACAACUCGUGUCACUUAAAGUUGGAUUCAUUACAAGUGUUUCAAUCAGAUAUCUAUAGUCCGUAUCUCAAUUUUAUGCACAAAAUAGCCCACGAUUGGGAUUCAGACCCUGUUGUCAUUGAUUUGUUGACAGCUUUGUUACUAUUUAACCCGAACCGUCCAAACCUUAUGCACAAGGAUUCUGUAAAUCAAACAGAGAUGAGAAACAGUGUCGCAGAGAAUCCGCAAGAAUACGGACCACUCAUUAGGGAGUUGUUUGAUAUGAAAGGUUGA